AUGGAUAAAAUCUUUGGGGAUUGUUCAAUUCCACAAGAAAAAUCGAAUGUUGAUAUAAACGAGGAGUUGGAGUUAUAUGAAGCAUCUGGUGAGGAAGAUGCUUCUAAUACACAGUUGAAUUCCAGUCAAUCGAGACAAAAACAGCUAAUAGAUCUAACAUGUAGUGUGUUUGCUAAAAUGUGUGUUCUUGAAAUGACUAUUAGAAUGGCAGUGAGGAGCUUUGUGAGGUUCCUUGAUGAAAAAAAGUCAUCAUCUUCUACUGCAAGAUAUGGCUCACAGGCCCUUCUUACACUCAAAUCAAGGAGCCAAAGUCCUAGAGCAAGUUCCAGGUAUAGAGAUGAAUACAGGGGCUAUAGGAGGAGAAGUCGCAGCAGAAGUAGGGACAAAUAUUAUGGAAGGGACAGAGAUCGUUACAGAAGUAGGACCCGUAGUAGGAGUAGGAGCCCUGAUUAUCAUAGAAGACACAGGAGGGCUAGAUAUGAUGAUGAUUAUGAUGAUGAGAGAAGCCCAAGACAAGCAGGUCUCCUCCACGUAGGAGUAGGUCACCUUCUAGAAGCAGAAGCCCUGAAGGAGGAGGAAAUGAGAAAGCAUCAGCAUCAUCACCCCAUUCCCAUGGUAGAGCUGAUUCCAAAAGCCCUUUGUAGCGUUCUGAUUCCGAUCUCAACAACGUACCAAAUUGUGAAAUGCAUAAAGAAUUUUGUUCAUCAAACGGAAGCCACAGUUCUGAUGGCUCUUCUUCAGCCUGCACCUGAAACAUUUGAUCUCUUUGAUGAUCUGGUGGUAUUAUCAGAAGGUCAUGUGGUAUAUGAAGGUCCCCAAGAACAAGUGCUUGAGUUAUUUGAAUCAUUAGAUUUUCAAAAGCCCCUACGUCAAGGCACUGCAGAUUUUCUUGAAGAGCACAUGAAAAGUUUCCCUGAUAGGGGCGUACAUGAUUUGCUAUCAGAAAAUGAUAUCCAGAUUUUCCGUACCCCUGAAGGGAUGCUAUCCACUGAGCAAGGCGUUUAUAUUGCACAGUCUGUAGCUUCUAAUAACUUGAAACAAGCAAAAGGCCACUUCAAGACUUUUGAGAACAAUGACAACAUGGAAAAUGGAAACUCCAAUUUUGGAAGGCGAGACACUGGUGGCAAAGAGCGUUCUGUUGUAGGGAAGAAAGAUGCAGGGAAACCAACAAAAAAGCCUAGCAAGAUACAUCUAAAGAGGAGGCACGUGAGCUGCAGCUUAAUGAGGUGCAACUUAAUGAGGAAGACAACCAACAGGGUUAAUUCGUUCGGAAUCUAA